GCAGAAGGUGGCAUGGCGGGAGGCGCCGUUUACAUGUGCUUCUCGCCUUCGCUAUUAAAUGUCACAGAAGUGAUUUGGUGCUUACCACGUUCAGGUCACACACACUCACUGGGAACACGAGGGGAAUUGUUUCCGAGUUUCCCCUGCCAAUAAAGCCGCAGGUGUUGCGUGACAGCUUGAUAGCUCUCGUGUUGUGGACGAAGACCCAAGGGGGGAGGCAGCCUCUCUGUUCCAGAGCCCGUGCGACCCGAAGGCAUCCCUGUGACGCCCCGCCACCGCUUCUGCAGGACCCGCCGGCGCCACAGGAAGGACUCCAGGAUGGGUUGUUGCGGCCGCUUCUGGAAGGACUUCAGGAGGGAGUGGAGCCUCAGGAACUGCAAGCUCGAACACCCGGAGCCUCACCUCUUCCUGGCGGCUGAGUGGCAGGGCGGAGAGCGGAGGGGCGUGAAGCUGUGGUACGUGCUGUACCGGUGGGCGUGGGCGCUGUACCACUUCUCCUGGUGGGUGGCCAGCCUGGUGAGCGAGGGCGGCGUGAACUCGUCCCUCGGGAGGAAGGCCUACCACUUCAUCUACCUCACAAACUGGUCUUAUAUCUCCAUCGUGGUGAUGACGACGACCCAGGCGACCAUCGUGACCUUAGCCUACCUGCAGGGGCGCGGCAACCCCAGCCCGCCCAAGACCAUGAAGACGCGGCUCAAGGUGUUGUGGGUCAUGCAAAACCUGGUGUAUCUUCCGGCGCUCCUCAUCACAGCCGCCUACUGGAGCGCCAUCUAUGAUCCACAGUCCCCCGUGACGGCCCUCAACGCCGAAGUCCACAUCAUCAACUCCGUCUACGUCAUCAUUGACCUCAUGAUCGUCGCCGGUCCCGUCCGCGUCAUGCACUUCUACAUGCCGCUGGUGUUCAUGUUCGUCUACGCCGCCUUCACCCUCGUGUACUGGGCGACGGGCGGCACUACGCCCGAAGGGAACUCGGCCAUCUACCCCAUCCUCGACUGGGACAACCUCAAGGUCACGCUGCCCUUCGUCAUCUGCUGCACCAUCUUCAGCCCGUUGAUGCAGGCCGUGGUGUGGCUCAUCACCUGGGGCAGACGGACCUCGCGGGAGCAGUGUUGCCAGCGCUCCGGGGCGGCCAACCUGCCCCACGAGAACACCAUGGACGUCAUCAUGGCUCGAGACGCCUCCACGGACAGCGUCGCGGCCAACGUCAACUCAGCGGCCAACAACCUGCCAGUCUAGGCGUCUAAAGGGCGUCGAGGAGGAGGAGGAGGGCCACCAGACGGAGGGGGACAAUGACUCUAUCCUGAAGGACUCCCGGACUCCCCAAUCCUCGGAUCUUCUCUCUUCAGUUCACUCCACUACUGCCAUACGUUGUUACCAAGGAAGCCCGGCCGCCGGACCUUCCUCCCGCCCCGAGUAGUCUCUGACAUAGAAAGGACUCCCGCAAGGAGGCUCACCGUGAAGUAUGUUCUGGGAACAUUGUCUUUACCUCGCUCCCUUCUGCAGGAGGGAACACGCCAGUAUUCCUUUGUUUUAAGUAAGAUAUUUGUAUAUAUAAACAGCCAAAGAACUUAGCCGUUUUCGGUGAGAGAGGACGCCAGUUAACCUAAGAAUGAUGUAGUACGUAGGUGUAAUAUUCUGUGUGCAAUGUAUUUAUAAGCUGGUUGUCAAGGAGUGUGGUUGAAGAACUAUGUACAAGAACAUCCGACAAGAGAUACUUAUUUAGUUUUAUAGAGUUUUUGUUUCCUUUUUAACCAUAGGAAGAAAAUAAGGGGGGGGAGACCGAACUCCCUUUGAGAAUCUGCUUUCGUGAAAUCUGCUCUGAAAUCUACGUGAAAGCGUUUAUUUCCGCGUCUAUUUAUUUAGUCUCAUAUGUCAGUCUAUUUACCAUGAAGUUAUAUGUAACGUUUCCUUACAAGAGUAAGCGUGUAAUUUAUCGGUUGUGUGCGUGCUUUGUGAUAUAGUCAGAGGCACCCGAAGGUCACGAGAAAAGUUGAGAGAGCGCAUUUUUUGUUGUUAUUUUUAUGUAAAGAAUUUUAGAUUUUAUAGAAUUUUGAAGGCUUCUAUUUUAGUAUUUGUAGAUUGUUAUUUUACUGAUAUGAGAAAAAAUACAAAGGAUUUUUGUUGUUUAAAAACGUUUUGGAAGAUAUUCAUAUGUAAGCCCGUCAAGAUUUUGUUUAAUUGCGUUUUUUGUAUGGUAUUAUAUCUUUUAUUGAUUUACUGGUAAUGUUUGUGUUAAAAAGAUAACAAGAAAAGUUACAGGCUACCUUGAGAUUAUGUCCUUUAAAACAUGUAUGAUAAACAAAUAAAUAUUUUCUUAGAAUGUUUACGUGCUGGGGAUACAAACCUAAAAAAUAACAUACAAUUUAUGCUAUAUUAUCUCUGUGAAAAAUAUAUAUAUUAAUGUAACUGUUCGCUUUCAUUAUGACAGCUGUGUAAUUUGCUUUGACAAUAGGAACAACAAAGCAAUCAGAUUUUCCAUUAAAUGAGAAAAGCUCAUUGUAACAAAAGUAAUAUAUAUAUAUAUAUAUAUAUAUAUAUAUAUAUAUAUAUAUAUAUAUAUAUAUAUAUAUAUAUAUAUAUAUGAAUGGAAUUGAGUAAUUCUUCAAUGCAAAAUAUAUAAUCAAAGCCUAUAUCACAUCUUCAGAAUUGAUUGAACGUAAGUUUAAUGAUUAACGUAAUUAAGAAGAAAAUGUGAUAUCAAAUCAUUAAUUACGUAUUUUGUCCCAGGAAUUAUCAGUAACUCAAUCAUAUUCUCUUCAGAUAUAGUACGAAAGGGAAAUUCGAAAAUAUACAAACAGUAUAUAUUCAUAUAUGUUCUGUGUCCAUGUCGAUAGAUAUUAUCACUGUUUUUCGGGGUAUAUAUAAAUCCGACUGCAAUAUCAUCUACUUAUUGACUGUCACAAGCUUUAAAAAAAAGGUGAUUUAAUUCCUUUUAUUUGUAGGUAUCUGUUCAAAAAAGUAGAUAAAUAAAAUAAAUAACCACUUACAAUUCCUUUAAAAAAAACUCUGUUAUGGAUUGAAUUAUUGAUCUGCAACAGAGAUCACAUUGCAGAGAUUAGACAGAAAAAAAGGAAUUUGAAAUACAAGUAGGUUUAAAUUUUAGUGUUUGUACUCCGUUUUCUAUAUUGGUACGAGAUAAAAAAAAUAUAUACAUAGGAUAAAU